GCGGGGAGGGCGCGCGCGCUCCGAGGCACCGCCGCUGCCGCCGCCACCACCCCCCGAGGCCCGGCGAGGGACUACAACUCCCGGCGGCCCCCGCGCGCCGCCCGGCCGGGCCGCGCCUUCCCAGCAGCCCCCGCGCUGUAGUGGUGAGGGUGGCCCGGGCAAGCCCGACCGGCGGCGCCGCCAUGGUCCUGCGCCAGCUGCUGCGCGUCCCGGCCCUGCUGCGCGCCGCCGUCGCGGUGCAGCUGCGGAGGAACGUGGGGCUCUCGGCCGUCGCCUUCAACAGGGCGAAGGAGCUCGACCCGGUGCAGAAGAUGUUCCUGGACAAGAUCCGGGAGUACAACACCAAGAGCAAGCAAGCUGGAGGGCCUGUUGAUGUAGGCCCUGAGUUCCAGAAAGACAUGAACGAAUCACUUGCUAGACUUCAGAGGAUGUACGGUGAGGGAGAUCUAACCAAGUUCCCAGAAUUUAAAUUUGAAGAGCCCAACUUUGAGGAGACUCCGAAGUGAUCCCUGCAGGUGGUACUCCAGACAGCAGUCUGCAUCCAAGGAGUUGCUGAACAUGGCAUCGGUUGUAAUUUAAUAAAUGUGAUCUUUAAGUUUGAUUU